AUGAGGAAGCAUUCAACCAGCCUUCGAGUGAGAUUACCUGUUCUUGUGGUUGUUGCAGAGGUGAUCAUACUAGCCCUCUAUGUUGCUUUUGUCACCUAUGAUGACCAUUCAGAUGCAAAACUGCAGACCAAUGAGACCAACCCCAUGGACAAUUCAAUGUACAGAGACUACCCUUUUUUUACGGAUAUCCAGGUUAUGAUAUUUCUUGGCUUUGGGUGUCUUCUGGCUUUCUUUCGACUCUAUGGCUUCGGAGGGAUGGUCUUCAACUUCCUCACAGCUACAUUUGCUAUCCAGUGGGCCAUUUUAGUGCAAGGGUACUUCCAGUUCAGUCACGAUGGUAAAAUCCACCUUGGGGUGGUUAAUCUCAUAAAUGCAGAGUUUGCCUGUGCUGUGGUUUUGAUCUCUUUUGGGGCCGUGCUGGGGAAGACCAGCCCAGUCCAGCUGCUCGUGAUGGCUGUACUCGAGGUGCCAGUCUUUGCAGUCACAGAAUGGGCCGUGUUGAAGUACCUAAAGAUCAACGAUGCGGGGGGCUCCAUUCUGAUCCACCUGUUUGCAUGCUACUUUGGCUUGGGUGUCACAUUUGUGCUGUACAGGCCUCAUCUGAAUGAGGGCCAUGCAAAGGAGAACACCAGCUACCAGUCAGACAUCUUGGCCAUGAUGGGCACCUUGUUCCUGUGGGUUUUUUGGCCCUCCUUCAACUCAGCGUUGACCCUGAAGGGAGAUGAUCAGCACAGAGCCAUAUUGCACACCUUCAUCGGCCUCAGCGCCUCCACGCUCACAGCCUUUGCUCUCUCUGCAAUGCUCAACAAAAAUGGUAAGCUCACCAUGGCUGACGUUCAGAAUGUGACCCUGGCCGGAGGAGUGACGGUGGGGGCAUCUGUAGACAUGAUGAUAUCACCUGCAGCAGCAUAUGCACUGGGUAUGAUGGGCUGCUCUGCUUGUAUGCUGGGCUAUAAAUACCUGAGCCCCUUCCUGGCUCACCGCUUAAAGAUUCAGGAUCAGUGUGGAAUACACAACUUACAUGGCCUGACAGGACUUAUAUCAUGUACUGCUGGGAUUGUUGCCAUACUGACAGCCACGGAGGAGGUUUAUGGCCCUAGUAUGUAUGAGAUCUUUACCCACAGAGCACCAAUGAUGGGAGACCCUAAGCUACUGGAGCUCCAAAAACUGGUCCCUGGUUUACGUGCAGGGUUGGGAAGGACUGCCCGGGAGCAGGCUCUCUACCAGGUAGCCGCUGUAUUCUCUACCAUAACAGUGUCGACACUGGGGGGUGUCUUUACAGGCUUUGUGUUAAAGCUACCAUAUCUUGCAUCACCAUCGGAUGAGCUUUGUUUUGACGAUGAGCUGUUUUUCAAUGUUCCCCAUGACUACGAUUCACCGAUUAAAGUCCAUAAUACACUUCUAACAGAAAGCUCAGCUGCUUGAUAUGCUACAAUAACUGCCUAUUCAGUCAAUUGUCAUUGGCACAAAGUAAAACGUAAAUAUCUCCUUCUUUAUGGAUAAAGAAUUGACCACCAGUUUGAAAAUGAGUUAUCUAAUCAAGAUCAAAUCAGGAUAUUUUGUAAUGUAUUUAUUAUCACAGGGAAUGAAUUGAUACCAUAAUAAAAGUUCCUUUUCCCACCUAGGAAAUGUUGCAUUAUGUCUGUUGUGGGGUCUUUUUGUGAGUAUCUCAUCAAAUUAAAUAAAUAAUAUGCAUAUUUACUUUGUGAUUAAUAAAAUGUGAAUUGACUUGACCUGGCUGAACUUGAUGGCAAUGACUAUCACAUGUGGAAAAGUUAUGUUUCCUUAUCUUUGAUGGGAGCACCGGCAGAUAGCUAGCACAAUUGCCGUUACUGUACUUGCA